CCGGUUUUCACGUAGGGAGCUGCCCCGAUCCGUGAUUGGAGGAGGGCAUGCCACGUGCACAUGUCUUUACUAUGCCACACGAGCACAUUUGAUUACCUGUCAGGUUGCUCUGAAAGGCGGCCCAGGAGGGAUUUCAUUAAGGUUGUGACUGCAGCUGCUGAGGAACCUCCUGCAGCGUAAACGGAGCUUCUCCACAGACUUUAACUUUUUAAUGCAUUAAAUUGGAACCGCUUUUUAACAACCGCAAUGGCUCUGAGCUCAUUCGACAUCGACGCCCCACGAUGGGAUCAGUCUACGUUCAUGGGCCGACUGAAGCACUUCUUCAACAUCACAGACUGCACGACGGCGCUCUUAUCUGACGCACGCUUGGACGAGGCCAAAGCUUUAGUAGAGAGCUGCAGGGCAGGAUCCAUCCCUCCCGGCACCACAGAGGAGCAGCUCUACUACGCUAAGAAGCUGUACGACUCAGCCUUCCACCCAGACACUGGAGACCGCAUGAACCUUAUCGGCCGCAUGUCCUUCCAGGUCCCUGGGGGCAUGGCCAUCACCGGCGCCAUGCUGCAGUUCUACAGGACAGUUCCUGCGGUGGUGUUCUGGCAGUGGGUCAAUCAGUCCUUCAACGCUCUGGUCAACUACACAAACCGUAACGCUGCCUCCACCAUCACUCCCAAGCAGAUUGGAGUCGCCUACUUCACAGCAACCAGCACAGCAUUAGCCACAGCAGUCGGACUCAACCUCUACACAAAGAGAGCUCCUCCUCUUGUAGCGCGCUGGGUCCCUUUUGCAGCGGUGGCUGCAGCUAACUGUGUUAACAUUCCUAUGAUGAGGCAACAGGAAAUUCUGAGUGGCAUUGCUGUCUCAGAUGAAAAUGGCAACAAACUGGGCCACUCUACGAGAGCAGCGGUGAAAGGCAUCACUCAGGUGGUCAUCUCUCGGAUCACGAUGGCUGCGCCAGGAAUGAUCAUCCUCCCCAUCAUCAUGCAGCGGCUGGAAAAAUACAAGUUCAUGCAGAGAAUCACGUAUCUCCACGGACCAAUUCAAGUGAUGUUGGUGGGAGGGUUUUUGAUCUUCAUGGUUCCUGCUGCCUGCUCCCUGUUCCCUCAGCGAUGCUCCAUGGCCGUGUCGAAGCUGGAGCCCGAGCUGAGAGACUCCAUCAGGUCUCAGUAUGGAGACGCUGUACAAUGUGUCUACUUCAACAAAGGCCUCUGAGGCUCAGAGGGCUGAUUGACAUUUCACCACACAAAACCGAAUACAUGUGUGUUUAUGUCAUAAGUUUUCUAAUUAUUAGUCACCAUGAAAUGCUCUUCUCUUCUACGUCAUCAAAUCGGUGCUUAUCAGUGGGGUGAUUUUUGAUCCGUCAUGUCUCUUUUUUUGUUAUCUGUUUCUUUAUUUCAAAUUAUUUCUGUCUUACUUUAAACAGGUACAAGGGGCACUGUGUUCUCCUGUAGAGACACCAAAUGAUCUCCUCUCAGGAACAGCACAUCACUUUGCCAGAUAAAACCUCUCGUUAGUCUGUCCGUCAGGAUCUGGCUCGUCUGUAGUUGUUUUCAUUCGCCAUUUGUUUGUGUUUCAGUGCUUUUAAUCAGUGUCGGCUCCUGCUCUCUUACAAUCUGUGCCUUCUACAAAGCGACAGGAGCAACAACGCUGCUGGAUUUGACUUUCUUUAAACCAGUAUUGGCUUCACUGUGAUACCAGAGAAAUACUUCUAUGCAUGGGUUAAAACUCUGAAACGGUCAUCAGUGUGUGUGUGUGUGUGUGUGUGUGUGUGUGUGUGUGAGUGUGAGUGUAUGUAUGUGUGUAUGUGGAAGUUUGUGUGAUUAAAGUGGAGGACACUGCCCUCUUCUGCUACAGUAGAGGUAGAUGUACGACCUGGUUGCAUGAUUUAUCUGAAAGGUUUACCCGUUGGAUCAUGUCGCUGUGUGUAAACUCAGACUCGUGUCACAAUCCUCAGUAUAAGCUGGAAUAAAACCACACAAAUAUUUGAAGAA